GAAAUUUAAAUUAUAUCUAUUAAAUAACUAUAUCAUUUCAUUAAAUAUAACAUCAUAAUGGUUUUGUAGGAUUUAUAUUAAACGAUAUUUAUGAAAAUGUUACAAAUCAUUUUUUUUUAACAUAAGAUCGUAUAUAAUACAGUAAGUUCACUUAAAUUUGCUAGUACUGAAACGUAGAAUAAGAAAAAAGUAUCACGAUGAACGUUAAUUUUAUGAGUUUAUUAAUUAAGCAUAUAGAAAAAGAUAAAUCACAUUAUUUUACCUUAUUUUUGACGCAUAGAAAAUUUUGCUUAAGCAUGAAUUUCUUACAUCCACGAAGUAUCAGUCAAGAAACGACCGAAGAAAUAGAUCUUAAAACAAAUGAUAAUGAGGUAAAAAUAGAUAAUAAGAAAACAGCAUCAAUGAAAUUGAUGAAAACUAUGAAAAGUGAAUAUGAAAAUUUGAAUAUAAAAGAUUAUAUAAAACUUAUAAAUCCACAAUAUAUUGAAGUUUGCCCAAAAAUUUAUCUGGGUUAUACUAGUAAUAUAUCGGAUGUAUCUUAUUUAAUCUCAGAGAAUGGUGCUAAAAAUUUUGUCGAUUUGAUAAUUGAUGAUCUUUCAAAAAAUAUGACCUUUGUAGCUGAAGCUAACCCUGGAGCAGGUGUAUUAACAAAAGAAUUAUUAGAAGCUGGUGUUAAAAUUAUACGGAUAUAUGAACCAAACGAAUGUUUUUAUCCUCUAUUACGUAAAUUACAAAAGAAAUAUCCUGAUAGACUUGAAAUAAGAAAGGCAAAUAUAUUAAAAAUGAGCAAACUAUAUUUCUUGGAUCAACAGGAUAAUAAAGAACGAAUAAAUGAAGUAUUAAAAGAUGUCCCAUAUGUACAUUGGGAAAAUGAAACAUGUAUGCAAGUAAUAGGAGCAAUAAUAAAUUAUAGGUUCUUGAAACAUCUAAUAUGCUCCGUGGUAUUUCGUACUAGCUUUAUGUUACAAGGAAGAACAUCCUUUUAUCUGGCAAUAACACCCUCGUUAUGGAAUAUAAUAAGUAAUCCUCAAAAUAAAGCCGCUUUUAAUUUUCUUUAUAUUAUCUAUCAAACGUUAUUUGAUUGUAAAUAUUUGGGUGAUAUAGAAAGAUUAUUUUAUAUACCAUGGCCAAGGAACUCAUUAAAACAAAAGAAAUUACAAGUUAACGAUAAUAAGAUCUUAAAAGUUGUGAAAAUAGAGCCAAAAGCAGAUCUUUUUAAAAAUACCACUAAACCAAUUCAAAUAAUAUCUUAUUGGUAUUUUGUAAAAUACCAUCUUAAAUCAAAGGAACAAAGGGUAAUACCUGAAUUGGAAAAAUGGAUACCAGGAUGUGGAAUAAGAUUAAUACAAAAGAACUAUAAUAUAUUUACACGUUUUGUAGAUUUAACGCCCCUUGAAUUUUUAGAUCUUUAUGAAGAGUUCGUAUCAUGGCCAGAAUAUGAAAACUGUCUCUUUUUAACCAGUGCAUAUAGUUACAUACACAUUGUUAAUCAAAACACAGAAUUUACCGACACAUUAAAUUUUAAAGGUAAAAAGAUUUUUUACAAAUGAUUAUUAUAUUUCAUGGAUUUUCAUCAUUGUUUAUACUACUUUAAAUAAAUAUUAAAUAUGUCAUGAAAAAUGUGCGUGUGCGUGUGCGUGUGCGUGUGCGUGUAUAUAUAUAUAUAUAUGUAUGUAUGUAUAUAUAUAUAUGUUGAUAUAGUACAUAAUUGUAAAUAAAUGUCAGUAUAUAUAUAUAAUUCCAGUAUAUAUUAAUACAAUUUACAAUACCUUUCAUCUUUGAAGUUACGGUACAAAGAAAUUAUACUCAUACAAAGUUUUAUAAUUACUUAUAUUAAAAUUGAAAAUAUAUAUUUUUUUCAAGUA